ACCCUCCUUGCCCACCGCGGGCCCGCCGCUCUUUUCUACCGACACUCCUUCGCCCGAGGUCGCCAUGUUUCCCUCCCUCCUCACCUCCGUCGCCUUCGUGGCCGCGCUCGCGUCCGGCGCGUCUGCUCAUGUCUCGAUCUGGCACCCGUCUAUGUAUGGGUUCAACGUGACCGACUCGACGUUUUCCUACGACAACCGUCCUCAGGUCCCGCUUUACAACAUGCCCUUCUCGCAGUGGUGGUUCCAUGGUCACAUUGACUACCCGCCCAACGAGGGUGAUUUCUUCGAGCUCGAAGCUGGCGGAACUGUUAACACCGUUCUGUCUUGCGAUAAGGGCGCGACCAUCUACUACAACUCCUCUCAAGGUGGAGAUGUCGGCUACGGCAGUGACUCGCCCUGUGUCGGCGCCCCGACCUCGGCCUACCACACCACCGGCAUCGACGACGUGAAGGGUUGUGCGCUUGCUAUCGCGUACAAGUCCGACGUGCACGAUGUCCAGCCCGACGACUUCACCAUUUUCUCCGUCAACCACACCUGCGUUUGGUACCAGAACACCGCCUUCGACGUGCCCAGCCUCCCGGCGUGCCCGGAGGGCGGCUGCCACUGCGCCUGGUUCUGGAUCCAUUCUAUUGAUAGCGGUGCCGAACAAAUAUACAUGAACGCCUUCAAGUGUAAAGUUACCGGUGAUGUCGGUACUCAGCCCCUGGGCAAGCCUGCCUUGCCACGCAGGUGCGGCCCCGACCCCGACAACGGUCUGCCCGACGCCAGGCCUGAAAACUGCACUCUCAACGCCAAGCUUCCCAUGUACUGGUACCAGCAGGAUGGCAACAACAUGUUUGAGGACACCUACCAUGCGCCUUACUACAACGACCUCUACGGCUUCCACGACGGCGCGCAGAACGAUAUCUUUGCGGACGGUGUCAUCGCUUCCCUCGCCGGCUCUGCGAACACUUACACAGCGGCGUCCUCCACCCACACGACGGCCCAGGCGACCACUACCGCACAGGCGCCUCCCGCUACCACCGAGGCUCCGGCGAGCCCGACGACGACGCAGGCAGACCCCACCACCGCGGCCCCUCCGACGUCUGAGCAAGCCGAGCCGACGACGGUUCUUCCUUCCACCACUAUCCCAUCGGAAGCCCCAACUUCCAUCGUCGUCGCUCCUGUGGUGACCAGCGAGGCUACCACUUCCACCGAGCCCACCGCCUCCGCUUCCCGCAGGUGCAAACCCCGCACGACCGAGUCCGCGCAAGCCAAGAAGCGCAACCACUCGCGUCACCUCGCCGGCCGCCACGCGCACUAAGCCGCCCGCGCCCCGCCCGCCCGUACAUGAUACCCCUUGGUCUCCCGGGGUCCGGCAGGCUCGACGCGCUGCCGCCCCGCCCUUCUCCACUCCCCUCUACAAUCUCCGUUUUCUCUCUGCCCAUGCUAGCCUGACGCGCCGCUCCAUGGGGACGACGCCGCGCGUUGUCGGCGGCGCCCCAUUGUCUCGAGAUCCCCUCCGUUCGGUCGUCUGUUUGUGUAAGGUCUGCAGCCCACGGCGCACGAGAGUACCUAUUACUACUACUACUACCAGCUUUGCACUACUCGUUCUUGUCGAUGCUAUCUGUCCGCGCGCGUAUGCGUGACUCC